AUGACGUAUAUUGGUGUAUUGGCAUUACAAGGUGCGUUUAUUGAACAUAUCGAAAGGUUACAAGAGUGUAUCAAAGAAUACGAUAAUUACGAUUUAGAUGAAGAUAUUAAUAUCAUUAGUGUUAGAACCCCUGAAGAGCUUGAGAAAUGCAAAGCAUUGAUAAUUCCUGGGGGUGAAUCUACUUCUAUGUCAUUAAUUGCCCAAAGAACCGGUUUUUUACCAUUUUUAAGAGAUUUUGUUAAUGAUUCCAGUAAAGCCAUUUGGGGAACUUGUGCAGGCUUAAUCUUCUUGAGUGAGACUGUUCAAGGUGACGGUGGUGGUAGUGGAGGUUCUCCUUUAACUGCUUUCGAUCCAACUUCCAGAUCGAAUUUGGUCGAACCGUUAAACUUAGUUAAAGUCAGGGUUAAGCGCAAUGCCUUUGGUAGACAAGCUCAAUCUUUCACUAAAAUCUGUGAUUUUUCAUCAUUUAUUCCAAAUUGUACUGAUUUCCCUGCUACUUUUAUUAGAGCUCCUGUCAUCGAAGAAAUUAUAGAUGCUGAUAGAGUUAAGACUUUAUACACUCUACCAAACCCUUCUUCUGCAACUGGAGAGCUGAUUGUAGCUGCCAAACAGGAUGACAACGUUUUGGUUACUGCAUUCCAUCCUGAGUUAGCUGAAAAUGAUAUAAGAUUUCAUGAUUAUUUCAUUAGAGAGUAUGUACUAAAAAAUUUGUAA